UGAGUUCCAUCAUCAUGGAUCAUUGUUUAUUGGCUGAAAUAAAGUGCAAGGAUGUAUUGAACUCUCUAUUCUAUGAUAAUUUCAAAAAGAAAUUGUGACAAUGGCUAAGAAAUAUUCUAGUUUGAAAAUUCAUCAACCAGCUAUAAUAAACGACCAACAACGGUUAUGUAACAUUCAUCAAGGAUUCAAUCCAUUUCUUGAUCAGUUAACCGUUAAAGAUGCUAUGAGCAUGAUAAAUGAGCUAUGCCAUCUUCAUAAAAUUAAACCUGAAUAUGAGUUGAUUGAUGUUCAAGGUCCAGAACAUAAUAAAAUAUUUACUGUUUAUGUAAAGCUUGGUGUAUCAGAAAAACAUAAUGGACAAGGUAAUUCGAUAAGAAAUGCUCAACAAAAUGCGGCUUUAAAUGCGUUGGGAAAAACUCGACUGAAAUUUCCAAAUUCAGGUCAAAAGCAACAUAACAGACGUAAACUUCAAUGGAAUAACCAAAAUCAUCUUACAUAUCCACAAAAACCAAAACAAAAAUUUGAAUCAUCCGAAAAAUCGUUCAUUGGGAAUGGCAUUCAGCCUCAUUAUCAUGUUGAUGGAUCAUUUCAGUCAUCAGUGCAAGCACCUUCAAAGAUUACAACAACAAUGAAUCCUUCGAUUUCGUUUACAAAAACAUUACCUUAUCAAAAUCAAUUUCAUCAUCAUGUUCCUCUUUUUCAACCUUCAAACAUACCGGUAUAUCAAAAUAUUCCCACAAACAUUACUUAUUUUCAUCCUACAUAUUUCUGUGAUCCAUACACUUGCAAACAAUAUUUAGUGUAUGAACUUGUUAAUCCUGGUCAUAUUCCGGUAGUAGCUCAUCCAUUCGUUCCAAAUUUACAAUCGACUUCAUCAUCAAAGUCAAAAGUCAAAAUUGAGUCUGAAAUUAAAGAAAGACAAUUGAAUAUUGAUGUUUACGAAGCUUCGGUAGAGUUUAAUGGAGUUAAAUUUUGUGGUCAGGGAAAAACGCGUCCAGAAGCAAGACAGAUUGCCACCGAAAAAGCGCUCAAGCAUAUUAAAUCUAAUCUAUUCGCCGAAAAUUCUCCUGAAAAUUCCACGAUCUCAUCAGAAAAUCCAAGAUCGAAUAUCAAUAAUUCUUUGACCGAUCCAAUAUCCACCUUGAAUCAUUUAGUAUCACGAAAUCGAUAUAAAAUAAAUUUCAUUCAUGUAGAUUCGUAUGGACCAGCUCAUAUUCCUGUUUUCGUCUCUAAAUGUCAAUUGUUUGAUGCACAAAAUAAUGAGAAAUUAUUAAUCGAAACUGAAGGUCGUGAUCAUUCGAAAAAAUUAGCAAAAAAACAAGCUGCACAGAAUAUGUUGGCUAAAAUCGAUAAUGAUAAUAUCAAAAAUAUUUUAUACAAAGAACACCCGAAAUCGGCUGCAGUAUUGAGUCGCGAUCUUGAUUUCAUAUCUAACAAGUCAUUAACGCUUCUUUAUGAUUUAGCUAGAAAUAUGUCGCUACGUAGUCCGGCAUUCAAUUACUUCUUACUGAAUUCAAAUGAUUCAAUUGCCAAACGUUUUAUCCAACAAAUCGAAUCGAAAGGUCAGAUUCAUCGAGUCGAAUGUACAUUAUUUUUCGAACAAAAUACAACUGAUAAAUUUAUAUUCUGUAUGAAAACAGUGGGAUUUUCAUUGACACAACGUAUGGCUAAACAGAUUGCUGCAUUUAUCUGUCUUUUGCGAUUAGGUCUUGAACCGCCACGAUUCGAUUUAACUGAUGAAUUAUUUGUUGAAUCUCUUCGAUUUUCACUCGAAGCAACUAAUGUCAACAUAGAAUUUCCUAAUGAAGAAAACAUACGUAAAUUUUACGACAAACGAACAACCAUAGACGUAUUUUAUCGAGAUGAAUUCAUUGAAAACUUUAAUGAAAAUCGAAAUUUUGAAAUUAAUAAAAAAUUUGUUUUGUUUGUUGCAAAAAAAUUCUACUAUUAUUCGCUGAAGCAUUCAACAACCAAAAGUAUUGAUGUGAUAAGUGAAAAAAUACCAUUUUUGUUCGUAAAUUUCGAAAAAAAUUACCAAUCAACUAAAUUCCAACAUUUCAGUGUGCAAUCGAUACAGAAAUUACUAUCGACAUUGGAUAUGAAAAAAUAUUGGAAUCAUUUGCAAUUUAUCGCCAAAUUGACAACACUUGGAAUCACCGAUACGUCGAAAUCGGCCAUAGAAUUUAAAUGUCACACAUGUCGAAUUGAUGAUUCACAUAUUAUAGCCUUUCUAAGUGUUCGAUUCGAUAGCUUAAAUUUUGAUUUAAUUCAUAAACAUUACAUAACAUUUGGCUUUGGAUGUGAUGAUGAUAAAGCUCGUGAAGCAGCAAGUCUACGUGCGCUAUACAAAAUUUCCAUCAAUGCAUACAAAAAAUCAAUGGAGGUGUCGAAUUCGAAUCCCAUUACGGUAGAUUUGCCAACGACUAUUGAUUGCAUUCAAGAAAAUAAAGAAAAAUUACAACCAAAUCAAACAAAUUCAAAACCAUCAUUGAAUCAAAUGAAAAGUAAAUCAGUGAUAUCAAGAAUGUAUCAAAUAUGUCGAGAUCUAUCCAUACGAAAACCUGAAUUCAUUACAAAUAAUUGGAAUAGUGAUUUAUUAAGUACUCAAUGUAUAAUUCAUUUCCGUCAAGAUUCAAAUAAACUAGCUGGUAAACUUACAAUAUUGGCCAUAUCGAAUAGCAAGCGAUCGGCACAAACAAUUGCUGCAUAUAUGUUCUUGUCAAUUGCAAAUGUUUCCAAAUUAUCAUUGUCGCAAUUGGAUGCGUUUAGCAUUCCUGAUUUUGAAAAAUAUUUAAAAUUUUCUCUUGAAAAUGUUUCCAACCCUGAAAUCAUCAGUCUAGUCAUGACUUCGAAAUUACAAUUUACACCGAUUAUCUAUAGUGACGAACAAAUUGAAGAUAUUAAUCGAAACAUUGAGUUCAUUGAAACUUUGCUAAAAGAUGUUUAUAGUUCAUAUUUGAAAAAUCAAAAACGUAGUGAUCCAAGCUGUCUUGUUCAACGUGUUGAAGAUAAACUAUUUGAAUAUCAUAAUCACCGAAAACAAAUGUUGGAUCAAAGUGAAUCGUUUGAUAGAUGGAGCGAACACAUAAGAAAAUGGAUUAAUGAAAAUUUGACCGACAAAUUUAAUCGACAAAAAUAUUGGGACCAUUUGCAAUCAAUUUCUUUGAUUGCUUCUACAUUGAAUUCCAAUCUAGUCACACCUAUCGAACCAUUUAUUUUUGAAUUCAAAUGUCGAUUACUACAAAUUGACAUCGAAAAUGAUGAUCAUGAUCCUACCAAUCAAAAAGGAACAAUUGCAGUGAUAACACUUCAUUGUUCAUCGAAAGAAUUUUCCGAUCGUUUUGCUUUAUUGCAAAAAGAAUUUCUUAGUUUUGCAAUUGAUUAUGAUGAAAAUGAAGCACGUGAAAUUGCCAGCUAUAAAGCUCUUCGUUAUCUUUCAAUUAAUUUAUGGAAAUCUAUUUGUUAAAAUAAAUAAAUAAUUAGAAUGUGUGUUGAAAUUUUUUGAAUUUUGAAUAAAAUCCUA